AGUAAACGCAAACGCAAACGUAAACUCCGCCUCUCCUGUCCUGUCCGCCUUCGUAUGUUGGUUGCACCGUAGGCGUAGCAGUCGAUCACCGCCCAACGGAGGGAACCCACACCGUAUAUUCUGUCUUUGGCGCCAGAUCUCUCAUCUCCCUCCAUACUUAAAAGCUGCUUUCACAUUUCAAGAGGAAUCUCUCCUUUUCAUAGACCCUUAGCUUGUACCUUCUCUUCUCAUACGCUGUUUGCCUGUCAGUCUCCUCGCAACAAAACAAAACAAAAGCAAAAAAGCUUUACCAAAAGUUGAAGUAAAGUGGACUUUACAAACAGCUAUUUCAAUUCAAGAGAAAGAUAAUACUUUGUUUUGUUGGUGAAUUUGGUAUACUUGUUUGCAAUGUCCCCAACCUACUUUCCUCUCCGGUGGGAGAGCACUGGUGACCAGUGGUGGUUUGCAUCCCCGAUUGACUGGGCAGCUGCCAAUGGGCACUAUGAUCUGGUCAGGGAACUUCUUCGGCUGGACAGCAAUCACCUUUUCAAGCUCACCUCACUGCGCAGAAUUCGUCGCCUCGAGACUGUAUGGGAUGAUGAAGCACAGUUUCACGAUGUUGCCAAGUGCAGGUCUCAGGUUGCAAGAAAGCUGCUUAUAGAGUGUGAGAACAAGAAAGGCAAAAAUUCUCUUAUAAGAGGAGGAUGUGGUGGAUGGCUGCUGUAUACUGCUGCCUCUGCUGGGGACUUGAGUUUUGUCCAAGAAUUGCUUGAAAGAGACCCCCUGCUUGUCUUUGGUGAAGGAGAAUAUGGUGUCACUGAUAUAUUAUAUGCUGCUGCGAGGAGUAAGAAUUCUGAUGUCUUUAGGACUCUUUUUGAUUAUGCUGUUUCCCCAAGGUUCUUAUCAGGUAAUGGCAAAGAGCUGGAAGAACAUGUUGGUGACAUUCCAUCGGCUUACAAGUGGGAGAUUCAGAACAGAGCUCUUCAUGCUGCUGCUAGAGGAGGUAAUCUCGGGGUUCUGAGGGAGCUUCUAGCUGAUUCUUGCGGCGAUCAUGUGUUGGCUUACAGAGAUAUACAAGGUGCCACCAUCUUACAUGCAGCUGCAGCUCGAGGCCAAGUCGAGGUAGUCAAAGAUCUUAUAGCAUGCUAUGACGAUAUCAUCAGCUCCACAGACAAUCAUGGGAACACAGCAUUACAUGUUGCUGCUGCUAGGGGCCAAUUAGCUGUAGUUGAAGCCCUUACUGUUGUGUCACCCUCGUUACUCAAUUCCACAAACAAAGCUGGAGAAACAUUUCUUCAUGUUGCGGUUACUGGUUUCCAAACUCCUUGCUUUCGGAGAUUGGACCGUCAAAUUGAGCUGAUGAAGCAAUUAGUAAGUGGAAGGAUCUUCAACAUUGAAGAAAUUGUGAAUGCAAAGAAUAACGAUGGCAGGACUGCACUUCAUUUGGCCAUCAUUGGUAACAUUCAUUCUGAGCUUGUGGAGUUGCUUAUGACUGUCCGCUCUAUGGAUGUGAAUACUCGGGAUAAGGAUGGAAUGACACCGCUUGAUAUUCUGAGGCAACGUCCACGCUCAGAAUCAUCAGAGAUAAUUACGAGGCAGUUGAUUUCUGCUGGAGGGAUCUUCAGUCAGCAGGAAUAUGCGGCGAGAAGAGUUGUUGCUUCUCAUUUAAGGAUGCAAAGCAUGGGAGGUAGUCCUGGCACUUCUUUCAGAAUCUCUGACCCCGAAAUAUUCUUGUACACAGGCAUUGAGAAUGCGUCAGAUGGGAGCGAGGGCUUGAACACUUUUACAACCGAAGCGAGUCAACGUGACUCAACUGUGGAAAGCCUUGGUCACAGAAGUAGUAGUAAACCUGCAGGCCCUGCAAAUUAUGCCACACAACGGCUGAAAAGUCUCCUGCAGUGGGCAAAGAUUAAAAAACGAGAUACUGAGAGACAUAAGAAGAAAACAGAAGAAGUUCAUCAUCAAAGUCCAGUGGACAAUAAUUCAGAAGGCACACCAAUCCCUCUGCGCCAGAGAUUCUCCAAGCCUUCCAGUCUUCCAAACAACAAGCGAUCACUUUGUGUUAGGAGUAACCUCCCAAGUCCAACAGCAAAGAAGAGAUUUGCUUCGGGGUUGAUAAACGGUGUAAUGCAGGCCAUGAAUGUCCCUCGUCGCUCAUCUCGUUCAAGUUCGUUAUCAAUAUCAUCUCUGUCAUCACUCGAGUCUUCUUCAGUAGACAAACAAAAAGCAGUCCACAUUGAGAGUGAGAUUGCAGGAGGAGGAGGUUCUUAUUAUAACGAAGCUGAGAAUAAGGGAGGGGAGAGAGAUCCGAUUGAGAAGCAGCAUGGGAACAGAAGGUCGUCUUCGUCAGUGAACCAAUACUUUUGCUUUGGUGGUCCACCAACAGCAACAGGAGGACAAGGUCUGAAGGCUCCUCCUGCUGGGCUGAUGCAGCCAUUUGAAAUUUAUGAACGCUCCGUUUUAUCGACUGCUUGAUGAAUCCGGAUAUGGGUGUAAGAAAAAAAGACAAAAUACUAGUAAUUUCUGGAGGUCAGUGAACCUUAGCUUGUUACUGUACGUAGUUCUUUGCUUCUUAAUCUAUAUGUUGGUUAUGCAUGUUUGUAGCUAGCUCAGCUCCCCCCCAGUUAUUAAGUACGUACUACAUGAUGUUUAGUGACAUUUGGGCGAUAUUAAAUUUCAAUACAUUGGUAAAUUAAAAGUA